AUGGCUAAUGAGUGGCUGCUAUGUCUGACUCUGUCUGCCAUUGUAGCUGCUUGGCACAGCGGUGUGAAUCCAGUCCACAAUGGCCAGAUUUGCAGUACAUGGGGCAACUUCCACUUCAAGACCUUUGAUGGGGAUAUUUUCCAGUUGCACUCGACCUGCAACUACAUCCUGACCUCUUCAUGCAGGGGCAGUUACACAGACUUCAACAUCCAGAUAAGAAGACAGGAGGCUGGCGGCCAUCCGACCAUCAAAAACAUCGUUAUGAAGCUAGAGGGUUCAGUGGUGGAGCUCUCCAAAGGCUCAGUGGUCAUUGAUGGAAAAUUAGCCAUCCUACCACUCAGUCAAGCAGGUGUGCUCAUUGAGAAAACUCCCACCUACAUCAAAAUCAAAGCAAAGAUGGGAUUGUUUGCUAUCUGGAAUGAGGAGGACUCUUUUCUGGUGGAGCUAGACCUGAAAUACAAGAACCAAACCUGCGGCCUUUGUGGAGACUUUAAUGGGGUUCAGCUCUACAAUGAGUUCUACAGUCACGGUGUGAAGAUGUCCACCAUGGAUUUUGCAAACAUCUGGAAAAUGGAUGGUCCAACUGAGAGCUGCUCUGACUACACACCGGAAUUAACACAAAGCUGCAACGACAUGAAACCUCUGUGUGAGCAGAUCCUUACAGGCCCGGCUUUCAACAGCUGCCACAGUCUGCUGGACGUUGCCUCCUUCACUUCUGCCUGUGUUGCAGACCUCUGCCACUGUGGCAAUGGUACAAAUGAACAUGCAGACCCCUUCUGCCUGUGCAACACUGUGUCUGAGUUCUCUAGACAGUGUGUCCAUGCUGGUGGCAAGCCCCUCAACUGGAGAACCAAAGAGCUCUGCUGGAAGUCAUGUCCAUACAAAAUGGAGUACAAGGAGUGUGGGAGUCCCUGUGCUGACACCUGCUCCAAUCCGGAGGCCAGCCACACCUGUGACAAUCACUGUAUCGAUGGAUGCUUCUGCCCUGCAGGCACGGUGCUGGACGAUCUAAACGGCAAUGGAUGUGUCUCACUGAGCGAGUGCUCCUGCAGCUACAACAGCAAGAUCUAUGGACCAGGAGAGUCCUACUCCAGUAACUGCAAAAAAUGUGUGUGUGAGAGUGGUCAGUGGAGGUGUACAGAGGAGAACUGUCCAGGAACCUGCUCUGUGGAGGGAGGAGCUCACGUCAACACCUUCGAUGGAAAAGUCUACACCUUCCAUGGGGACUGCUCCUACGUGCUGGCUAAGGACUGCAGUGGAGCCCAGUUUGUGAUACAGGGAGAACUGGUGCAGUGUGGAGUGACUGAGAGUGAAACCUGCCUCAAGUCUGUUACCUUGGGCUUGUCUGGAGGGGCUAAUGUGAUCACCAUCCAGCCCAAUGGCAAUGUUUUUGUGAAUGGCCUCUACGCUCAGUUACCCUUUUCAGUUGCUGGGAUCUCUGCCUUCAGAGCGUCCUCGUUUUACCUGCUAGUCCAGACUUCUGUUGGUGUUCUAUUGGAGGUACAGCUCCAGCCACUAAUGCAGCUCUACGUCACAGUGACCACUGACUAUCAGGCCAAGACCUGUGGUCUGUGUGGGAACUUCAACGGUAACCAGGCCGAUGACUUUCUUAAGCUCAGUGGUGUUCCAGAUGCCACAGCAGCUGGUUUUGUCAACAGCUGGAAGACACAUGCUGGUUGCCCCAAUCUUAAAAGCAACUUUGAGAACCCCUGUAGUCUUAGUCUGGAUAAUGACAAGUACGCCCAGCACUGGUGCUCCAUGCUUAGUGACCCUCAGGGAGUGUUCGCCUCCUGUCACUCGGAGAUCAGCCCAGAUUCUUACAAAGAGAACUGCAUGUAUGACAGCUGUAACUGUGAGAAAAGUGAGGACUGCAUGUGUGCCGCAGUCUCCUCCUAUGUCCAUGCAUGUGCAGCUGCAGGAAUCCAGAUCAGCGGCUGGAGAAAGACUAUUUGCGGGAAAUAUGCCAGCUCCUGCCCCAGCAGUACGGUCUACUCCUACAACGUCACAUCCAGCAGUCGCACCUGCCACUGCAUCGGCACCACAGAUCUCCUCUGUCACUUCUCCUUCCCACCCGUCGACGGCUGUGUCUGUGCGGAGGGAACCUAUCUGGAUGACUCUGGGAAGUGUGUCCCACCUAAAGCUUGUCCCUGUUAUGACAAAGGCUCAGCAGUGUCUCCUGGACAGAUUGUUAACAAGGAUGGGGCCCUGUGCACCUGUAAGGAGGGCAAACUCAGCUGCAUUGGAGAGUUUGUUACACAGCCAUCAGCCUGUGCUCCUCCCAUGGUUUUCUUCAACUGCUCUGCUAAUGGUCCAACUGCAAAAGGAACUGAGUGUGAGAAGAGCUGCAACACAUUAGACAUGGCCUGUGUGACCACAGGGUGCGUCUCCGGAUGUGUGUGUCCAUCUGGGAUGGUAUCUGACGGCAAAGGAGGCUGCAUUGAGCCAGCAGCCUGUUCCUGUGUUCACAACGGCGUCUCCUACCAGCCUGGAGAGACAACGAAGGUGGAUUGCAACACCUGCACUUGUAAAGACAGGAAGUGGCAGUGCACUACCAACCAGUGUGAUGGAAUGUGCUCUGUCUAUGGGGAUGGACACUACAUGACUUUUGAUCAGAAACGCUUCACCUUUGAUGGCAGCUGUGAAUAUGUUCUCAGUCAAGACUACUGUGGCAGUGCUCAGAGUAAUGGAACCUUCAGAGUGAUCACUGAGAAUGUUCCAUGUGGAACCAAAGGAACUACCUGCUCCAAGACCAUCAAGAUCUUCCUGGGGAGUGCAGAACUGAUUCUAACAGAGGGAAAGUACCAGCUGCUUUCAGGUGGAAAUGAAGAAACGGCUCCGUUCCGUUACAGCACUAUGGGCAUCUACCAGGUUAUUGAAGCCAACAAUGGACUCAUUCUCAUGUGGGACAGGACGACCAGCUUGUACAUGAAGCUCAGCCCAAAAUAUAAGGGUCGUGUGUGUGGGCUGUGUGGCAACUAUGACGGCAAUGCAAAUAAUGACUUCAUGACAAGGUGCCAUGCUGUGGUGGUCAACCCACUGGUGUUUGGAAACAGCUGGAAGGAUUUGCCAAGCUGUCCAGACGCGCAGAGUAUCACCAGCCCCUGCACAGCCAACCCGUACAGACAGUCAUGGGCCCAGAAACAGUGCAGCAUUAUACAGAGUGACGUCUUCUCUGCCUGCCACUCCACUGUGGAUCCUGCUCCAUACUAUGAAGCAUGUGUAUUUGACUCAUGUGCUUGUGACACUGGUGGAGACUGCACGUGUUUCUGCAGUGCUGUGGCUGCUUAUGCUGAAUCCUGUAAUCAAGCUGGCAUUUGUAUACGAUGGAGAACCCCGAAGAUCUGCCCUCUCUUCUGUGAUUACUACAACCCCCCAGGUGAAUGUGAAUGGCACUACAUGCCAUGUGGAUCUCCAUGUAUGAAAACCUGUAGGAGCCCCUCAGGCAACUGUUCUUCGCAGUUACCUCCUCUAGAAGGUUGCUACCCAACCUGUCCUGCUGCUCAGCCAUACUUUGAUGAAGACACAAUGUCAUGUGUUUUAAAAGAACAAUGUGGCUGCUACGAUGCAGAGGGGAGACACUAUAAUAAUAGUGACAUAGUGCCAACAACCGAAAACUGUCAAACAUGCUUCCCCACACUGGGAACUCCAGGAGGAGACAAUGAAACCUAUGCAAAGAUUAGAGAAGCAGGACACAAGAUAUGUGAACAACCAAGCCAGAUACAGUGUAGAGCUGAGAAAUUCCCCAAUGUCACCAUUGACAAUUGCAUGCCCAACAAAGUCUACUCCUUCUACCACUCCUUCAAGCUCAACCACAAACCUCCCACCGCCAACAAGUACUACUACGACAACCACAACACCACCAACCACAACUGGAAUUACAACAACACAUACAACAACAACAAUGACUGCAACCUCUACCCCAUUGACCACAACCGAAAAAAAUGGAUCAAUCUGGGAAAACCCACUCCAGGCCCUGAUGGUGGAGAAGAUGAAUCCAUCCAGAGGAUAAUCUCUGCUGGUUAUCCUGUUUGCUCGGCUCCAGAAGAAGUCCAGUGUAGAGCUGCUCUUUACCCAGCCGCCAACAAGUACUACUACGACAACCACAACACCACCAAUCACAACUGGAAUUACUGCAACACAUCCAACAACAACAACGCCUGCAACCACUACUCCAUUGACCACAACGGAAAAAGAAACUACGUCUCAGCCACAAACAACGACUACAAGUCCACCAAGUACUACUACAACAACCACAACAGCACCUACCACAACUGGAAUUACUGCAACACAUUCAACAACAACGACAACUGCAACCACGACUCCAUUGACCACAACAGAAAAACCACCAACAACCACUUCAACUUCUGCCACAACGGAAACAACUGCAACUCAGCCGCCAACAAGUACUACUACGACAACCACAAUACCACCAACCACAACUGGAAUUACUGCAACACAUCCAACAACAACAACGACUGCAACCACAACUCCAUUGACCACAACGGAAAAAGCAACUACGUCUCAGCCACAAACAACGACUACAAGUCCACCAACAACCACUUCAACUUCUGCCACAACGGAAACAACUGCAACUCAGCUGCCAACAAGUACUACUACGACAACCACAACACCACCAACCACAACUGUAAUUACUGCAACACAUCCAACAACAACAACGACUGCAACCACAACUCCAUUGACCACAACGGAAAAAAAUGGAUCAAUCUGGGAAAGCCCACACCAGGCCCUGAUGGUGGAGAAGAUGAAUCCAUCCAGAAGAUAAUCUCUGCUGGUUAUCCUGUUUGCUCAGCUCCAGAAGAAGUCCAGUGUAGAGCUGCUCUUUACCCAGCCACCAAGUACGACUACGACAACCACAACACCACCAACCACAACUGGAAUUACUGCAACACAUCCAACAACAACAACGACUGCAACCACUACUCCAUUGACCACAACAGAAAAAGGAACUACGUCUCAGCCACAAACAACGACGACAAUAAACAAUUUGGCCUCAUAUGCAUCAACAAGCAGCAAGGCCUUCAGCAAGAGUGUUUUGAUUAUGAGAUUAAGUUCAAAUGCUGUGGCUGUCCAACACCUUCAACUGUGAUUGCAACUACAACACCUUCAACGACUGCAACCACAGCACCUCCUACGACAACUGAAAAAACAACUAUGUCUCAGCCACCUACAACCACAACACCUUCAACCACAACUGAAAUAACUACAACUCAGCCACCAACAACUACUACCACAACAACCACAACACUGUCAUCUACAACUGAAAUAACUUCAACUCAUUCACCUACAACUACACCUUGCCCCGAUGGACAUGAUGUGACAUGUGCUUGGUCAGAAUGGAUCAAUCUGGGAAAGCCCACACCAGGCCCUGAUGGUGGAGAUGAUGAAUCCAUCCAGAGGAUAAUCUCUGCUGGUUAUCCUGUUUGCUCGGCUCCAGAAGAAGUCCAGUGUAGAGCUGCUCUUUACCCAGGUCUGUCCAUGUCACAGUUGGGACAAACUGUAACUUGCAGUAAACAAUUUGGCCUCAUAUGCAUCAACAAGCAGCAAGGCCUUCAGCAAGAGUGUUUUGAUUAUGAGAUUAAGUUCAAAUGCUGUGGCUGUCCAACACCUUCAACUGUGAUUCCAACUACAACACCUUCAACGACUGCAACCACAGCACCUCCCACGACAACUGAGAGAACAACUACACCUCAGCCACAAACAACGACGACAAGUACAACCACAACUGAAACAACUACAACUCAGCCACCAACAACUACAACCACAACCACGACACCUUCGACCACACCUGAAACAACAACUACGUCUCAGCCACCAACAAACACUUCAACUUCUACCACAACUGAAACAACUUCAACUCUGCCACCAAGUACUACUACGACAACCACAACACCACCUACCACAACUGGAAUUACUGCAACACAUUCAACAACAACGACAACUGCAACCACUACUCCAUUGACCACAACAGAAAAAGCAACUACGUCUCAGCCACAAAAAACCACAACACCUUCGACCACAACUGAAUCAAGUACAACGCAGCCACAAACAACGACGACAAGUACAACCACAACUGAAAUAACUACAACUCAGCCACCAACAACUACUACCACAACAACCACAACACUGUCAUCUACAACUGAAAUAACUACAACUCAUUCACCUACAACUACACCUUGCCCUGAUGGACAUGAUGUGACAUGUGCUUGGUCAGAAUGGAUCAAUCUGGGAAAGCCCACACCAGGCCCUGAUGGUGGAGAAGAUGAAUCCAUCCAGAGGAUAAUCUCUGCUGGUUAUCCUGUUUGCUCGGCUCCAGAAGAAGUCCAGUGUAGAGCUGCUCUUUACCCAGGUCUGUCCAUGUCACAGUUGGGACAAACUGUAACUUGCAGUAAACAAUUUGGCCUCAUAUGCAUCAACAAGCAGCAAGGCCUUCAGCAAGAGUGUUUUGAUUAUGAGAUUAAGUUCAAAUGCUGUGGCUGUCCAACACCUUCAACUGUGAUUCCAACUACAACACCUUCAACGACUGCAACCACAGCACCUCCCACGACAACUGAGAGAACAACUACACCUCAGCCACAAACGACGACGACAAGUACAACCACAACUGAAACAACUACAACUCAGCCACCAACAACUACAACCACAACCACGACACCUUCGACCACACCUGAAACAACAACUACGUCUCAGCCACCAACAAACACUUCAACUUCUACCACAACUGAAACAACUUCAACUCUGCCACCAAGUACUACUACGACAACCACAACACCACCUACCACAACUGGAAUUACUGCAACACAUUCAACAACAACGACAACUGCAACCACUACUCCAUUGACCACAACAGAAAAAGCAACUACGUCUCAGCCACAAAAAACCACAACACCUUCGACCACAACUGAAUCAAAAUGGAUCAAUCUGGGAAAGCCCACACCAGGCCCUGAUGGUGGAGAAGAUGAAUCCAUCCAGAGGAUAAUCUCUGCUGGUUAUCCUGUUUGCUCGGCUCCAGAAGAAGUCCAGUGUAGAGCUGCUCUUUACCCAGAAAAAGGAACUACGUCUCAGCCACAAACAACGACGACAAGUACAACCACACCUGAAACAACUACAACUCAGCCACCAACAACUACUACCACAACAACCACAACAGUGUCAUCUACAACUGAAAUAACUACAACUCAUUCACCUACAACUACACCUUGCCCUGAUGGACAUGAUGUGACAUGUGCUUGGUCAGAAUGGAUCAAUCUGGGAAAGCCCACACCAGGCCCUGAUGGUGGAGAAGAUGAAUCCAUCCAGAGGAUAAUCUCUGCUGGUUAUCCUGUUUGCUCGGCUCCAGAAGAAGUCCAGUGUAGAGCUGCUCUUUACCCAGGUCUGUCCAUGUCACAGUUGGGACAAACUGUAACUUGCAGUAAACAAUUUGGCCUCAUAUGCAACAACAAGCAGCAAGGCCUUCAGCAAGAGUGUUUUGAUUAUGAGAUUAAGUUCAAAUGCUGUGGCUGCCCAACACCUUCAACUGUGAUUGCAACUACAACACCUUCAACGACUGCAACCACUGCACCUCCCACGACAACUGAGAGAACAACUACAACUCAGCCACAAACAACGACUACAAGUACAACCACAACUGAAACAACUACAACUCAGCCACCAACAACUACAACCACAACCACGACACCUUCGACCACACCUGAAAAAACAACUACGUCUCAGCCACCAACAACCACUUCAACUUCUACCACAACUGAAACAACCUCAACUCAGCCACCAAAAUGGAUCAAUCUGGGAAAGCCCACACCAGGCCCUGAUGGUGGAGAAGAUGAAUCCAUCCAGAGGAUAAUCUCUGCUGGUUAUCCUGUUUGCUCGGCUCCAGAAGAAGUCCAGUGUAGAGCUGCUCUUUACCCAGCCACCAAGUACUACUACGACAACCACAACACCACCUACCACAACUGGAAUUACUACAACACAUUCAACAACAACGACAACUGCAACCACUACUCCAUUGACCACAACAGAAAAAAAUGGAUCAAUCUGGGAAAGCCCACACCAGGCCCUGAUGGUGGAGAAGAUGAAUCCAUCCAGAGGAUAAUCUCUGCUGGUUAUUCUGUUUGCUCGGCUCCAGAAGAAGUCCAGUGUAGAGCUGCUCUUUACCCAGCCACCAAGUACUACUACGACAACCACAACACCACCUACCACAACUGGAAUUACUGCAACACAUUCAUCAACAACGACAGCUGCAACCACUACUCCAUUGACCACAACAGAAAAAGCAACUACAUCUCAGCCACAAACAACGACUACAAGUGCUCAAUAGUCUACAAUGAGACAGACCAUGAUGGCUACUGCUACAUAGGGUACUGCAAUGACAGCUGUCAAGUCGUACCCAAACACCACCAGUGUCAUGGGAAAGAGUGUGUUAAUGUAAAUCCUCCAAGACAGGAUGGUGAAAGUUGGAAAGAAAAUAACUGUGUCGUAGGAACCUGUAAUAAUGGCAACGUGACCUACAACCAGACAUACUGUCCAGCUCAGAAGCCUGUAGUCUGUGCAAAUAACUUCCCUGCUAUUGAGGUGACCGACGAUGAUGGAUGCUGCUCUCACUAUGAAUGCCAAUGUAUCUGCUAUGGUUGGGGAGACCCCCAUUAUGUCACCUUCGAUGGAACCUACUAUGGUUUUCAAGGCAACUGUUCCUACUGGCUGGUGAAAGAGAUAUUGCCCAUAUACAACUUCAGUGUUAUGAUUGAUAACUACUACUGUGGUGCACCUGAUGGCCUGUCCUGUCCACAGUCCAUCACUGUCUUCUACAAAAACUACAAGAUCUUUAUUACGCAGAAGAAUAUUAAUGGCACUUUCACAAACCAGAUUUCUGUGAAUGACAAGCCUGUAAGUCCUGCAUACCAGAAUGGUGACUUCCGUAUAACUACCACUGGUAUUGAUACAGUGCUUGUCAUCCCCGAAAUCCAUGCCAAGGUUACCUUCUCUGGGCUCAUAUUCAGUAUCUACCUGCCCUAUAGUGAAUUUGGCAACAACACUGAGGGACAGUGUGGCACAUGCAACAACAACCGGACAGAUGACUGCAGGUUGCCCAGUGGCAAAAUUGAUCCUUCAUGUCCUAAUAUGGCACACGCGUGGCAUGCUAACAACAGCUACUGUGAACAUCCAGUUCAACCCACACCAACACCUGUGCCUAAUAUCUGCAAUACAACCAUCUGUGAAAUCAUCAAAAGCAGUGUGUUUAAAGAUUGCCACAAGAUCAUUGACUACAGUCCAUUUGUUGUGGCAUGUGAGUUUGAUGUUUGCCACAUGCACAUUAAUCACAUUGGCUGCACCAGCUUACAAACCUACGCUGAUGCCUGUGCUGAGGCUGGAGUGUGUGUUGACUGGAGGAAUGCCAGCAAAGGACUCUGUGAGUAUGAAUGUCCAAGUCCCAAGGUGUAUCAGCCCUGUGGCCCUCUGGUGGAACCUACCUGUGAUUCAUGGUACAAUGAAAAAUUCAUCUAUUCCAUCAAUGAGUUCAGUGCCAUGACAAAUGGGAAACUGGAGGGUUGCUAUUGCCCAAUUGGCACCUUCCUCCUCUCUUCCAACUCAAAUGAAUGUGUGCCCACCUGUGGUAAGAGCAGAUAG